CCAGAACUAAUACGAUUUGAUCAGUGUUUUUAGCCUUUUUAUAAGUAAAUACAAUUCGUUAGUCACCGGCCUGCCUUAAAUGAGUGUGUUUUAUUUAAAUUGAAGUUUCGCAAUCCACGUGCUUUGUUAGUUCAAGAGUUUUGUGUGUUGUUUUAAUCCAUAUGUUCUGUGUGAGUGAACGACAAUAUCCAUUAGUUGUUUCUGUGACGGUUUUUCUGAUAUUCAGAAAAACAGUGAGGCUCCCUUCUUGUUUGAAAAUUGUGAAUGGUGAUUGAGUAAUGUUUACAUAAAGUUUUGUUCGUUUGGUAUUUCAUGCAGGAAAUUUUCGUAUAAGAUAUGGAAACCGAUGGCGCCAUAAAGUCUGUCGCCAUCAAAUCCCAACGGCCAGAAGGAACCACCGGCGAGGCGACGAUGAAGUCCCCCGUCAUAGACGCGACGGCCAGGGUCCAACCUGCAGGCCAGAGCUGCAAGAGGGGCGAAUCUUCUGACGACGACAGCGACAUCGACACCGACCUCGCCACCACGAUACACAACAACACCCUCCUGUCCAUAGCCGCGCUCAAGGAAGCCUACAACAUGGACGAUAACGAGGCGCCGCCUUCGGAUUCGUUCAUCCAGCGCUACUUCAAGAACCACUCCAACAGCCUCCCGUCCAGGCUGGCGGUACCGUCGCGGAGGCUGUCGCAGUGCCGCGAGGAGGACGAGGACGAGGACAAGAGAGACGAUAACAAACAUUCUGUGCCUUCUAGUAGUGAUUUAGCGACGAUAAUGGGUAGCGACAAGUCGCUGUCGGAAUCGUCGACCAGCUCUAAGACAUCUGUGAUAGACACGGUCUCCGGACCUACGCACAAAUUUGUGAUAACCAAGACCAAGCAGACAUCGGAGGAGGUGGAGCGGGAUAAGACGACGGGCGAGGAGGCCGGCAAGAAGAAGAAACCGUCGGAGGCGGCUCGUAUAUUCGCCAGCAGGAAACAGUACAGACAGGCGAACACGGUACACGGGAUACCAGACUCGAAUAGGCCGUCCGUUUACAAUAUCUUCAGGUCGCCACUCCAUUAUGACAGCAGGUUUUUCGAUUCGUCGCUGAUUGAGAUGAAGAGUCAGACGUCCAGCAGUUCGACCAUCGACGCGGCCGGUAGCACAGAGGACAUAUGGGUCAAGAGAUCUGCCGACGCGAAGAAGGAAUUGGGCUCGCAACCCCUCCCCACCACCGAGGAUGUGGAACAGGCGAUCCCCCGUCCCCGGUCGGGGACGUGGGGGUCAAAGUCGGAGGGCAAGUCGAAGAAGGAGAAGAAGUCCAAGCACGAGUCCAAGGCGGACAAGAAGAAGAAGGGCGAGAGCCGCAGCGGAUCUACCUCCAGAUCGAACAGUAGCGAGCGUCGAAGAGGAUCGGUGGAUUCUGUCGAAGUGUCCAGCCCGAAGAAAGGGGGCGGCAUGUUUGACGCCUUCAGGUCCAGGAGCAACUCAGACGCGGGGAAGAAGAAGGGCAGUGCUUUUAUGGAAAGCAUGAGAAGUGCCAUGUUGCAUACAGGAUUGAUGCACGCCAGGCCUAAAGCUCCCAGAGAUGGUUCUGCUCAUCCGGUACGGGAUGGUUCAUCUCAUACCCAAUAUUAUCACACUGUCACGGCAGCUUCAUCGGGGCGGAGCCCCAUUACCAAGGUCAUGGACAUAUUCAGGAACAAGUCGCACGCUACUUCCUCGGCGCCUGAAGACAGAAGAAAGAAGGCGCAUCAGCUUCCUGGAGGUGGCGCUCACAUAAGGCAAAAAUCUUUGGACCCUGAGAGGAGACGCCAGUCCUUAGGAACCCUCCCCCACAGAGCUUCAGAUGCUUUCGUCGAUCCUCAUCACGCGGCCAUACUAUUUAGGGAUUCUAGAGGGUUGCCUGUAGUGGACCCUUUCCUAGAAAAAGUAGAUAUAGCAGAUUUAGAGGAAGAUGAGUCGCAAAUCUUCGUCAAAUUCUUCAAGUUCCACAAAUGCUACGACCUCAUACCUACAUCGGCGAAAUUGGUGGUUUUCGAUACUCAACUGCUAGUGAAAAAGGCGUUUUUCGCAUUAGUUUACAACGGUGUGAGGGCCGCCCCGCUAUGGGACAGCAAAAAGCAGGAGUUCGUUGGCAUGCUGACCAUCACGGAUUUCAUCAAAAUCCUGAGGAUGUAUUAUAAAUCGUCUAGUGUCACUAUGGAGGAAUUGGAAGAACACAAAUUGGACACCUGGAGGAAGGUGCUCCAGGAUCAGAGACCGCUGAUUCACAUAGGUCCAGAUGCGUCGUUAUACGAAGCGAUCAGAACUUUGAUACAGAACAGAAUCCACAGGUUGCCUGUCAUCGAUCCCGAUACAGGAAACGUGCUGUACAUACUUACGCAUAAAAGGAUACUUAGAUUCCUAUUUUUGUAUAUUAACGAGUUACCAAAACCGAGUUAUAUGAAUAAAACAUUGAGGGAGUUGAGAAUAGGUACAUACGAUGAUAUCGAGACAGCUAGUGAAGAUACUUCGAUCAUCUUAGCCUUAAAGAAAUUCGUCGAGAGGCGAGUUUCAGCACUGCCCAUAGUCGACUCUCAAGGCAGGCUAAAAGAUAUCUACGCCAAAUUUGAUGUUAUAAAUUUGGCGGCCGAAAAGACGUAUAACGAUUUGGAUGUUUCUUUGAAGAAAGCUAACGAACACAGGAACGAAUGGUUCGAGGGUGUACAUAAAUGUAAAUUAGAUGAAACUCUUUUCACUAUAAUGGAGAAAAUCGUUAGGGCUGAAGUCCAUAGAUUGGUAGUUGUAGAUGACGAAGAUAAAGUUAUAGGAAUAAUAUCCCUUUCCGAUCUUCUUCUUUAUCUGGUUUUGAGGCCUUGCGGAGAAGAUGAUUCACCAGAGGGGAUGUCUUCUGUAAGAGCACAGGAUGUUAAACUUGGAAAAAACCUCUCUUCUGAAGAAGUAACACAAACGAUACUAGAGGAGGAAGAGCAAGAAACCGACAAUACCGUCGGGAAAAAAGAAGAAGAGACUGAAAUUGAAGCAGAGGAGGAAUCUGUUGAACCGGAGAGAAGGAACUCUGAAAGUUUGCCUGAUUCGCCUUCGAUUGAAACAUCCCCUCUGUCGGCAGACAACUCUUUAUUCAGAGAAGUAACAGUAAGGGGUGGAGGUGAAUGACAUCGAUAUUUAACACCACUAACACCACCCCCUCUUCUCGUUAAGUGAUUUCAAAUGCGGGUGAACUGAACUACAAGCCGAGUGGAUUGUUUCUUUGUCUAAAGAUGGCUCAGGUGAAAAACGGGUGUUAGAAGUUUGUCUGGAGAAUACCUUCUUUAAUAUGUAGAUAAAAUAUGUUGAAGUUUCAAAUGCCAUCUUACUGCUGAGGAGCCUUUGUGCAUGCAAAAUCUCAGAAAUUGAUGAGAGAAUUUGUACUUAAAGAAAGAGUUGUACCAAAGACUGUUAUGUCAUAGGAUUAUAGGAUGAAAGAAGCAAUUCAAUAACAUGUGCUUUAUUUAUUUAUAUAAUAAUUAUCGAAACACUUGAAUAAUAUAGAAUCAAAAUAAUCAGCAUACUUUAACUGAAGGAGAUCAUAAUUUAGAUAGAUUGAAAGUGAAGUUAUAAAAGUUAAUAAAUCUAGAAUAUCUUA